AUAUAUUAUAUGAUGGUUGCAUUGCAUCUCCCCUAUUACCUAAAUCUUUUGAGCUUGAAAAGUGCAUAAAGAAAAUUCAAUGAUACAUGAACUAAAACAAAAAAGACAUUGAUGUCUUAGAAACAAUAUCAUUCUGGGGAUAAAAGCGGGCCAAGCUUUCAUGCACAAUAUUAAUAAAUUUUAUUUGUUUAUUAUAUCUAUUUAUUUUCCCUUUGGGAUUCAAGUUAUGUAACUAAAUCAUUUAGAAUGUGGUGUGAAAGGAAGAAUAUUCAAUAAAAAAUGGUGCUUUCAACCUCCCAAAUGGCAGCCAGCCCAGCGCUUCUAGCAUUCGUAAUGCAAAGAGUUCCUAAAAAUCCCAUGGUUGAAUUCAACUCUUCUCGAAGUUUAUUAAAAUUUCUGUUGCAGUUUUCUUCAAAAGACGAAGAUCAAGGAUCAGCCUCAAUUGUGCAUACUCUUUGGAAUCACCAAUCAGAUUGAGAGAAUUAUGAAUAAACAAUUGGAGCAGGUAACGGGUUGCUUUUGACUGCACGCAUCGUUUGCUGCAUAAAUCUCCUUUCAAUUGUAUCAUAUACAUUGCAGUCAUGGGUUUGAAAAUGCAUUCUCACCUGUUUUGACGUUCACACUUGCAUCCACUUUCAUCCGUUGUAUAUUUAUAUAUAUCAACGGUAGAUUUGUUGUUUGACUGAUUCAGCCUGUCUUCUGAAACAAAAUAGUCUCUGUUCUCAUGUAAAUUCCAAAUCUCUACAGUUGGUCAACUCUCUUAGAAAGCUCUAUAAAUGUACCUGUGCACCAGUCGCUUGCUGUUUAAUUAACAAGCUCUGCAGCUUAAAGACAUAGCCAUGGCUCAAUCUCUACUCCCCUAUGCUCUUGCUGCUUUGCUUUUAGUUCUUUCCCUGGAGGCUGCCUCUGCUGCACAACACCACCCCCACAAACUCAAGUCCCUCCACUUUUCACUUUACCAACAUGAAACUAUCAACAAAACUGGAUAUAUCAUAGUGAAUGGUGUUGCAGGAGCAAACCUCAGCCAAACUGCACUGCCUUUUGGUACCUUAUUUGUUUUCGAGGAUCCCAUGACAGUUACCGCCAACCGUACGUCCAAGGUCGUCGGUAUUGCAGAAGGAACUUCCAUAACCUCUAGCCUCGAUGGGCUUACGAGCAUUUCUACUGCUAAGAUUACUCUAAGUUUGAAGAACCAUAAAGGGUCAAUUUCCAUUGUUGGAGGCACGCAUAAUGUCAAACCUGCAGAUCAUCCUGUUGUGGGAGGCACUGGAGAUUUCUUGUUUGUACAAGGCUAUGUAACAUCUUCACCGGUGGAUCUCGUCGGCAUCACUGUUGUCUACAAGAUCGAAUUUCACCUGUACUGGCCUCCAUAUGCAGAGCAAGUUCAUCCAGCCUAGAGGGAAAACUCAAAAUCCCAAUUCAACAUGUUCAAAUAACGAGCCUACGAAUCAUGCUCAACAUUUUUCAUUUUGUUCUAUGUUUUCUUCUAGCAUGGAAAUUGGAGAGAAUAUCAUUACAUUAUUUAUCAAAUAUCACUCUCCCACUUCCCCUGAUUCUUGGUUUUCUUGG